AUGGGCACAAACAGCAGGGGUGACUGGAGACUCGGACCUCAUGGCUGUACUGGUAGAAGUGGAAACGGAGAACGUCUUCUGGGUCUUCUGUCCGCAUGGGGCCUUUUUCAUGGAAAUUCGACGUUUGAGAUACCAGCCAGAAGACGAUGGACCUGGGAAAGCCAGCGAGAAGAUAUCGCCAACUACAGACCUAUCAGCCUUCUCUCGGUGGUAUACGAAUCGUUUACAAAAAUACUGCUCAAUCGUGUGGAACGCAUCUUGGACGAAUACCAGCCAGUGGAGCAGAUAGUAUUCAGAAAGAACUUCCCAUAUAUGGAUAGCGUACGCGGUCACUCAGCUUAUUGGAAGGAGCCACGGAUUUCACCUUCCAUUAGCGGAGCUCCCCCUGACUAUAUCCAACUGCUCGAACAGUGCUUCUCAAAUACAACAACAACUAUCCAGCUGUUCAAGCGAAAGAUAAAGAUCCCUAUUCAGAAAAGAGUAUGGCAAGGUAAUACGAUAUCACCGAACUUAUUCAUGGCUGCAUUACAGUACGCGAUGUCAAACCUUAAUUGGCAGGACAAAGGAUGCCCCAUCAAUGGGAAAAAAAUGAAUAACCUCCGUUUUGCUGAUGAUAUCGUAUUGAUAUCUAUCAAUCGAAAUGGAAGAAAUGGUCGACGAACUCAAUGUGGAAGGCCUGAAGAUCGGCUUAUAAAUGAACAU